GGUAAAGGAGAGACUGCAGUUGGUGCAUGGCAUGAAGACGCGAAUGUUGGGGACCCGGCUGAGCAUGGCACAUUAUACCAGGAUCUGAACUGAAACGGGGACCUGGUUUGGGCUCUUAGAUAUGGGUGUUAUAUUAAUAAGAAACCCUUGAGCUUGCAGGAGUAAAGGGUUAGAAAUGCGCUUGAUGUCGUUCGGUGUGACGCUUUUGGAUGCGCAAUUCUGGAUGGGAUGAAAUCGCGUAACCGGGGGCCAAAUCUAGGCGCUUAACGUGAGACCACCGACCUGAGCUUCCCAGAGCUGCGUUAAACCACAUCUUCUGCCCCUCGGAGCCGUGCUGAGGGGACAACCACAGAAAGUUUCGCGAUGGCUCUCGUCAUGGAACCUGUUAGUAAAUGGAGCCCCAGUCAAGUUGUGGAUUGGAUGAAAGGUCUGGAUGACUGCUUGCAGCAGUAUAUAAAGAACUUUGAACGGGAGAAGGUAGGAGGUGACCAGCUGCUGAGGAUCACCCAUCAGGAGCUGGAGGAUCUGGGGGUAUCCCGCAUCGGACACCAGGAGCUGAUCCUGGAAGCUGUGGACCUGCUGUGCGCUCUGAACUACGGGCUGGAGACUGAAAACCUGAAAACUCUCUCUCAUAAGCUCAAUGCCUCUGCCAAAAACCUGCAGAACUUCAUCACGGGCCGCAGACGCAGCGGUCAUUACGAUGGCCGGACGACCCGCAAACUGCCCAACGAUUUCCUCACAUCUGUGGUGGACCUCAUCGCUGCUGCUAAGAGCCUUCUGGCCUGGCUGGAUAGGUCACCAUUUGCUGCCGUAGCAGAUUAUUCCGUGACCAGGAACAACGUGAUCCAGCUGUGCCUGGAACUCACUACCAUAGUACAGCAGGACUGCACCGUCUAUGAAACCGAAAAUAAGAUCCUCCAUGUGUGUAAGACAUUGUCUGGGGUAUGUGACCACAUCAUCUCACUGUCGUCAGACCCCCUGGUCUCCCAGUCGGCACAUCUGGAGGUGGUUCAACUGGCUAAUAUUAAACCUACAGAGGGUCUGGGAAUGUACAUCAAAUCCACAUAUGAUGGGCUUCACGUUAUCACAGGAACCACAGAGGGGUCUCCAGCGGAUCGCUGUAAGAAGAUCCACGCAGGUGACGAGGUCAUCCAGGUGAACCAUCAGACAGUGGUGGGCUGGCAGUUGAAAAACUUGGUAAGCUCUCUGCGAGGGGACCCUGCCGGUGUGACAUUGACCCUGAAAAAGCGUCCCCAGAGCACGCUCACCUCUGCCCCAGCCCUACUAAAGAACAUGAGAUGGAAGCCCCUGGCCCUGCAGCAGCCAGUCAUUCCCAGGAGUCCCACCAGCAGCUCGGCCACGCCUACGAGCACCAUCAGCACACCCUCCAAGCGUGAUAGCUCCGCCCUCCAAGACCUGUAUAUCCCGCCCCCUCCAUCUGAGCCAUACACACCCAGAGAUGAAAAAGGCGUUCUCCUGGGUGAAGGCGGGGUAUCUGUCGCAAAAGGGUCAGAAUCACCAAACUCAUUCCUGGAUCAAGAGUACAGACAGCGAUUUCCUCUCAUGGAAGAAGAAGCCAUCCUUUACUGCUACGAGUACGACCCCAACCACGGACCCACAACGUCCCGUCGAGACAGCACACCCACUUACGGUCGUCUGAGGCCCAUCUCUAUGCCUGUAGAGUAUAACUGGGUUCCUGACUACGAGGACCCAGCUAGAAUGAAGAGAGAAGGUCGGAGAGAAAACUCUCUGUUGCGGUAUGUAAGUAAUGAGAAGGCUGCUGAUCUGGCAGGGCGCAGCAUGAAGAGAGACACAGGAAAACGCGGCAAGAAGAAGAGCGAAAAGAGCGGGAGCCCCACCCACUACACCCUCCUCCCGACCCUCCAAAUGGAGGUGCUCCGUCAGGAAUCCAUGAACACGCCUAACCCAGACUCCACCUCUCUUUACCAUACAUUCCAGGGAUCCUCUCUGCUAUCCAAGACCAAGAAAAAGAGUAAAGCGGCUCCACUGUCCUCCAUCAGUAAGAGAAGAAUCUCCUGUAAGGACCUGGGUCGUGGAGACUGUGAGGGCUGGCUGUGGAAAAAGAAGGAUGCAAAGAGCUAUUUCUCGCAGAAAUGGAAGAAGUACUGGUUUGUUUUGAAGGGCGCCUGCUUGUACUGGUACAUGAACGAAGAGGAUGAGAAGGCCGAAGGGUUUGUCAGCCUCCCUGAGUUUAAGAUCGAUAGAGCCAGUGAAUGUCGCAAAAAAUAUGCGUUUAAAGCGUGCCAUCCCAAAAUCAAGAGCUUCUACUUCGCAGCAGACGGCGUGGACGAUAUGAACAGAUGGUUGAGUCGUCUCAACAUGGCAGCUGCCGGCUAUGCAGAAAGAGAGCGAAUCCGUCAAGAACAGGCAGACUACUGGAGUGAAAGUGAACACGAAGACAAUGAGACGCCCUCGACACCCAAGCAAGACAGCCCACCGCCCCCUUAUGACACGUACCCAAGGCCACCCUCAAACCAGGUGAGUUGUGCCAGUCCUUACCUAGAACCCAAGCACGGCCGCCUCUCAUCCACAGAAACUUCACAGUCUCGCUCCUCUCACGAGGAGUACCGCUCCGAACCACAAGGGGGCAGCAGCAGUGGAGUAGGUUCCCCAGCUCGGAAGUCCGCCAGCCAGCGGCGCUCAUGGCAGGACCUGAUUGAAACCCCUCUGACCAGCUCAGGCCUCCACUACCUGCAGACCCUGCCCCUAGAAGACGCUGUGUUCUGUGAGCCAGGGGCGGGUCUUUCUCCGGAAUAUCGCCGCCAAUCCACUCUGCCUGCCCAACGCACACUGAUGCAGGAACAUUACGGUCCCUUCCCAAUGCUUGAAGGGGAGAGGCUCCGAGACCCCGUUAAUGCAGCCGGGAAACCCCGCAGCUUCACCUUGCCUCGGGAUAGCGGCCUGCAUGCCCUCCUCACACCCUACGCCAGCAUGGCAGAACAGCGGGACCCCAGCCGUAGGGAGCUCAGCCGUUCACACUGCAUCAAUAACGGCGGGGAGCAGGAGUGCCAUGGGCAGGCAGAUUCGCUUGGUGAUUUGUACCGGGCGCUGGAGCGUGCCAGUCUGUCGCCUAUUGGUGAGCACCGCCUUUCCACCCGUCUGGAGUACAAACACCUUUUCAUCCGGCGUUGCAACGAUCCACAGCUAAAUGACAAACUGCAUCAUCUCCGCAUCCUGCAGAGCACGCUAAAGGCUUCGCCUGGUGCCAUUGGGUCUUCCCAUGGUUGGGUCAGUCAGUCCGUGCCUAUGCUGUGAACCCCCCCUCCAACCCCAGGCUGUUACACUGUGCUUAUUGUGUUGGGGAAGAGCCUCCAGUUGCAUUGAUGUCCCGCCCCAGGACGCAGAGCCCCCAUCGGAAUAUUAAGGUUGGCCUUCGAGACAGACAAGAAAAUCCAAUGAGACGGUUAACAUCGCUGCUACACCUCACAGAGCGCUGAGGUGAAACCACCCCUGACACUGCUCGUUUCCUCCUGCAACUGCGCCUAUAAUCCAAUCACCACAGUACCAAAGUAAUUUAAGCUCACGUAAUAUUGUGCAAUGGUCAAGCGUAGUUGUUGAAACCAAACCUUUCCACAAAACCUGCUGGACGUGUCUUCCUGCUGGAGUUUGUAUUUCAUAAAGAGCAAAGUGCCUGUAUGAAAAUGAGCUGCGGGCAACACAGAUAAAACAGUGAGAUGACAGACAUCCUUCUGUUUGCUGAGGCCCGACGCAGACAGCCUGUCUUUUUUAGUCUUUAUUAUGUGGCAUCUAAACGCAGCAUGUAUUACAAAAACUAAGUCCAAAUGUGAAAACGUAGGCUAAAUGUGUUUACAGCUUUACAUUAGAAGGAAAGUAUAUGGAUUGUUGCUACAUCUCUUAUAUAUUUCUAUUUUCUCAACCAUCCUAUAAUUUUGGUGAAUCUCAUG